CCUCGCCGUCAAAGGACCGGCAAUCUUCCUGUCAUUUUACCGCCGCAAAGUUACCCAGACGAAGCUAUAUAGCAGCCACCGGACUCCAAAGGCGCCAUUCGCGCAAGAAACCACCCACCAUGCCUGCCCUCGCAUUGAUUGACCAUUCGCCCAACAACCCCACCCCCUCUCCACCAAUACCGACCGCUUCCAACGUUAUACUCAUUGACAACUACGACUCCUUCACCUGGAACGUGUAUCAAUACCUCGUCUUCGAAGGCGCGACCGUGACUGUAUACCGAAACGAUGAGAUCACUGUCGAAGAGUUGAUCGCAAAGAAUCCUACCCAGCUGGUAAUCAGUCCCGGACCGGGACAUCCAGAGCGCGAUGCAGGCAUUAGCAAUGCGGCUAUCAAGCACUAUAGCGGCAAGAUUCCAAUCUUCGGCGUGUGCAUGGGAGAACAGUGCAUCUUCUAUAGCUACGGCGGUACGGUAGACGUGACAGGCCAGGUCUUGCACGGAAAAACAUCGCCUCUCAAACACGACGGCAAAGGCGUCUUUGCAGGCGUCUCGCAGAAUGUCCCCGUCACACGCUAUCAUUCGCUCGCUGGCACCCACGGAACGCUCCCUGACUGCCUCGAGGUCACCGCUACGAUACCCGCGAACGAAGACGCCGAAGUGAAGGAAGUCAUUAUGGGUGUGCGACACAAGGAAUACGUUAUGGAGGGUGUGCAGUUUCACCCAGAGAGUAUCUUGACCGAAGAUGGUCGCCUCAUGGUGAGGAACUUCCUCAAGAUGCAAGGAGGUACCUGGGCCGAGAACGAGCGGUUACAGAAGGAGGCACAUGCUCAGGCAGUCGGAGCUGCUGCUAACGGUACAAAUGGCGCAAAGAAGGACAAGCAGACAUCCAUACUGGAGAAGAUCUACGACCACCGUAGGGCCUCUGUCGCGGAACAGAAGAAGAUCCCAUCCCAACGGCCUAGCGACCUACAAGCUUCGUACGACCUUAACCUAGCACCUCCUCAGAUCAACUUCCCAGAGCGUCUCAGGCAAUCUCCGUUCCGACUAUCGCUCAUGGCUGAGAUCAAGCGCGCAUCGCCCUCCAAAGGCAUAAUCUCCUUGUCUGCGUGCGCUCCUGCCCAAGCAAGGCUUUACGCAAAGGCCGGCGCAAGCACCAUCUCCGUCCUCACGGAGCCGGAGUGGUUCAAGGGAAGCAUCGACGACCUCAAAGCAGUUCGUCAAAGUUUGGAAGGCAUGCCAAACCGUCCUGCUGUCCUGCGCAAGGAAUUCAUCUUCGAGGAGUAUCAGAUCUUGGAAGCUAGACUCGCAGGUGCCGAUACUGUAUUGCUCAUCGUCAAGAUGCUUGACGAGGCAGUGCUGAAGAAGCUCUACGACUACUCCAGAUCACUUGGAAUGGAGCCCCUAGUCGAGGUCCAAAACGCAGAAGAAACGGAGAUCGCCGUCAAGCUGGGCGCGCAAGUCAUCGGUGUGAACAAUCGCAAUCUUGUCAAUUUCGAGGUCGACAUGGAGACCACUAAUCGACUAAUCAACAUGGUUCCAAAAGAGACAAUUUUGUGUGCGCUCAGCGGUAUCGCUGGACCCAAAGAUGUCGAACCAUACAUCAAGAGCGGAGUCGGUGCAGUCUUGGUGGGUGAAGCGUUGAUGCGCGCAUCUGACACUGCUCAGUUCAUUGCUGAGCUCUUGGGUGGCUCAUCUACAAAGAAGGCGCAAACAGCCUCAAGCCCGAUGGUAAAGAUCUGCGGAACUCGGAGUGCAGAGGCCGCAAAGGCUGCAGUCGAGGCAGGAGCUGAUCUCAUCGGCAUGAUACUGGCGCCAGGAACCAAGCGAACAGUGACAGCGGAGACAGCACUUGCCAUCUCGGAAAUGGUACACAAGACUAAAAAGCCGAUUGUCUCAAAGUCGGGGCUGCUUGCUGAUUCAAAGGCUGCGUCUGAUUUCUUUGAGCACGGCGCAUCGCGGUUGGUAUCAAACGACAGUCGUGCGCUUCUUGUAGGAGUUUUCCGAAACCAAUCACUGGAAUAUGUGCUCGAGCAGCAGCGAUUGCUCAGCCUAGACGUUGUACAAUUUCAUGGUCAAGAGCCACUAGAGUGGGCAAAGCUGGUUCCUGUACCUGUUCUGCGAGCUUUUAACCCGCAAAACCUUGGAAUCGGCUCAAGAGGUUAUCACGCUCUACCACUCCUGGAUGCAGGCUCUGGAGGUUCAGGCCAGCAACUGGAUCUCUCCGACGUCAAAGCGGUGUUCGCAAAAGACGAUGGGAUCAAGGUCAUAUUAGCAGGUGGGCUGAACCCUGACAACGUACAGUCUAUGCUCGCUGGACUCGACGAGUACCGGGAUCGCGUUCACGCUGUGGAUGUCAGCAGCGGUGUCGAAGAAGACGGACAGCAAAGUCUAGACAAGAUACGCGCCUUCAUAAAGGCAGCUAAGAACCAGCAAUAGGCAUCAGAAUGAAUGUCUAAAAUACUACUUCUAAAACGGGAGCUGGAAUUCAUCAAAUACAACGCACUUUGUUCACAGCCUCAUGGUAUCUCCUUGAAUGAUUUACGUUCUUCUUUAGGUCUUCUCUUCAUCUAAGAAUCACAUGUUACGGGAAGGAUGGGCUGCGUCUCUAGAGACAGCGGUCUGCAAAGGCGCCGCGAUCA